AUGUCAUCGCAGGCUGAGGAGCCCGUUCCGAGCCACGAGCCAGUGCACAAGGGCUCUGGCACACCGGGUCUCAUGCAUCGCGUACCUGCGGGCGAGAAUGGCACAGAUGGCAGGCGUGUCGUGAGACGCACGAGUACAGAGGCAACCCUGACGACCGAAAAGGGGACACGCCCCCUCGCGGCUUUGGAGCGCCGUCCUGGCGAUGACCUGGCUCGUUCGACUGCCCGCUGGACGGGCGAAACACGUCAACCCCGCAAACCAGCAAGCUCGAUCCAGGAUGCGUCGUCGGCCAAUCUUGUGGAAGAUCCGGUCCCGAGAGUUCCCGCCUAUGGAACCAUGACGAUCAUGACAAGCACGGGCAACAUGAUCACGACGCCACGGAUCCCGGGGUUCGGCUGCAGCCGGAACAGGACGGGCAUGAGCAUGGUCGAGCGCAUCCUGCAGCAGCGAGCAACCAAGGCAGCGCAGGAGAAGGCACGGCAAAAGAUGGCCGAGGAGGCCCAUUUGCGGGAGGGGAGGCGGCGACGGGCAGAGGAGAAGAAGAGGCAGGCCGAGGAGAAGAAGGAGCGCGCGCGUCGGAGGAGGGAGCGCGAGGCGCGCGAGGCGCGGGGCCGGGUGUGGUACGGCGCCAUGCUCGCGGAAAUGGGGGCUCUGCUGGAGGACAUCGACUGGGCGGUCGUGCUGAGGACAAGCAGGGCGUGGGUUGGCACGUCGAGAGGGCCGGGCCAAAGGUUGCGGGAGAAGCCGCCUCCUGAGGACCUGUACUGGGCGCGGUGUGCGAUGGACAUGGACAGGGCGACAAUUGAGUCCAUGGGCGACUAUGGAGUCAGGCUGGUGGACAUGGUGAGGCGGGUCGACAGACCGGACUGGCUGAAGGAGGAGACGGUGCGGCGCAACAGACUGAAACUGACGGCAUUGCAGGAAAAGGGGGCCCAGGUCUGUGAGACGGUCGGCGAGGGGAGGCAGGCUGCUGACGAGGCGCAGUGGAAGCUCCAGGCGCUCGACGCGCUGGCUCAACCGCUGGCAGAGGGUCUCUGGUAUGCAGCAACAAAGAGGAUGCAAGAGACCGGGCGCGUGCACCAAGAUCGUUUCCUCCCCAGCAGUUCCAAGCUGGAACCCUGCUUGCGUUGUCAACGGAUGGGCGAAACAUGUGUCCAGAUAGACCCUGGUUUGCGGGACGCUGAUCGCGAGGGUUUGCCUAGGUGGACCAGAUACGUGGCAUCUGGCCACGACAUUGGCAAAAAAGAAGCCCAGGCGAAAGCCGAAGAGCUUCUUGAGCCUCGGGGUAGGGCUUUCGUCAAUGUUUGUGGUCUCAUGGUUGAUGCGGUCGACGUCAAGAGUUUCGCUCCAGCCAUGGUAUCAACUUUGCAGGUUGAGAGCCUCAAGGCCAGGCGCAAUCACUCCAUGCCUGGAACCCCGAGGCUCGACUCGCCCAGGCUACUGUCACCAAGCGAAUAA